AUGGAAACCCACUGGGAUAACCUUGAGCAAGUCACACUCUCUCAGCCUCAAGGGAAACCCCUGUAUUGUAUGUGCUGACAUUACGUUUUUGUCCCUCGUGGGGUAUCCAUCGAUCAAACUGUUAUCUAUAUGUUUUUCUUUUAUUGGCUCCAAACGGUAUCUGCAGUACUUCCCUUUAUUUGGGUUAGUAUCCCGAUUUAGGAGCCGUUUCAGGGAUUAAUUACAUUCCAGAGCAACAGAGGAUUCGACGUGACCUGAAUUCAUCAUCUCAGCAACCUUUGCUCUCUAUACAUUUCAAUACUAUCAUUUCCAGCUCCUGAGCAUAAGCAAAAUUCCAAUUCAAAUCUGCCCUCUACAUGACGACAGCAAACCUGGGCUAAGCUACAAAUGAAACAAAGAGGAUGGAGCUGGAAAGAAAAAUGCUUGAAUACAGCAGAUCAGAUUCUUGCACGACUAAUUUGAAAUACAUACAGCUAAAAAAAUACCUGGAAGAAAUAUGUGAACGCCAAAAAGAAUCAUUGCGUCGGAACCAAGAUUUGUUGAAAGAAUUUGAUUCCAUUGAUGCUCUUAUUAAGAAGUUUGCUUCAAGUUCAGAGGCCCUUCAAGAGUUAAAGGCAGAAUAUGAAAGAGAAAUUAAGAGUAAAUGGAGUCUUAACACAAAACAUAUAUUAAAAAGGGAGGAGAGAGAUGAUGCUAAAAAUCAGAAGGUGCCAGAAGCAAGACAGGCAGGAAUUAACACCAGGACAGCCAUGUCAAGAGGACUCUAUCACACAGCAACAAUCUUCAUGGGCCGCCAAAUGUCAGCUGUCUCAAGCGUUGAAGAUUUCAGUGCGCUGCAGAAAUCUUCCACGCUCACAAAGGGCUUUUCAAUUUCUGACCCACAUUCACGUAGACAACCAUCACAGAAUAGUUAUAUGACAGACAGCUGUGUAGUGCAAACUAAUAGUGAUCUACAGCGCUCAAAUAAGUCUGACAAAAUAGAUGGGAAGUCAUAUCUGCUGAUGGGCAAGGAAACGCCAGUCACAUCCAGUGUAUCACCUGCGGAUGGAAGAACUUGCUGUUUAACUGCGGAAAGCAAGACAAAUAAUCGUGGUAGUAAUUUUGUGGAAAGUAAAAUGUCUGCUGAACUCAACUCCCUGUUACAUGAAAGAUUAAGUCCUGAGAACAGAACUGCCGAUUUAAAAUGUGACAGUUUCCACAAAUCGGAGGAAGAAAUACUGACACAUAAGCACUCUGUAAAUCAACAGGGACCUGAACGGCCAGUCUCAUUGGCGUGUUGCCCUGAACAGUUUGUUUCUGGAAAUGAGCACUUGAGAGAAAAAUUCCCAGGUGUUAAAAAUAGCCUACAUCUGGAUACAAACACACAGGAAGAAGAAGAAAGUUCAGAUGGAAGCAGUGAUCUUACGGUUUCUUUGAGUCACAGUGAAGAAGAUGAAGAAAUCAAUCCACAAAUACAGCAAAUUGGACAGGAUGUAGGCUACAAUAUAUCUGUAAAAUUAGCUAACACAACAUAUAACAAGAAAGAAGAAUAUCCAUGUUCACAAACAUCAUGUUGUGAUACCUCUAGUGGAGGUUCAUCCCCUAGCCCUGCAGAAAGAGUAUGCUUAUCCUUUGAAGGAUUUUCUCAUCUCCUGAAAUUCAUAGAAGAAUCAGUGGUUAGAGCAGCUUCUGAAUGCCAAGUAUUAUAUAGAUACAAAGCUGUGCCUGCCCCAGAACUGGAGACCCUUAUAAGCCUCUGUAAUGAAACUGGCAGCUUGAAACUAGAAGACCUUGAAUUAUGUGAAGCACUUGUCCUUCAUCAACUGCAGAGAUUAUUGCAAAGUACAGAAAAUGCAUGUCUUUUACAAGAGAAACCAUUUAAUGACAAAAAUGAGAUGCUGGAUGAAAAUCAAAUCAGGCCUAAAUUGACACCUUAUUUUGCAAUGAUGUGGAAACUUUUAAGCGAUCAUGUCUUAUACCUGCAGAAGCACCAUGUUUUACUCGAAGAAGAAGCGAAAAACAUGUUUGGUACAUUAUUGAUUUUGGAAAAACCUGAACACAAUGGCUUGCUCACACCAGCAUUGAACGAGAGCUUUCCAGAAGAAUAUGAAAGCAGGUCAUUUGUUUGUAGAAAUAAAGCCUCUUGUAAUUCACAGAUGAACAGUAGCCUAAAAAAGCAAGAAGUCACAAGCUGGUGUGAAGAUGAGAGCAGAGAAGAAAGCCUGGUGGAAAAGAUUCCUAUUGCAGGUUUGAAUAUUGAUGGCAGUGGUUUAAAAGAACAGAAAAGCGAUGGAACCAGUUCAGAGCCUAGUUUUUCAUCUCCAGAAAGAAGAAGCCCUUUGUCAAGGGGUGAAAACCAAAGGAAAACUGUAUCUACAAUAAAAUCCAAAGCUUUCUGGGGUGAUUCUGAUGACAGCAACUCUGAAAUUGAAGCAGCUCUGCGUCCUCAAGUGCAUUGCUCACAUGACGAUGAAUUUGAUGAUUUCUAUGACUGAAGCCUAACACUAAAGAUCCUCUGGCAGUAUUUCCUAUGCACAGGAAGAUCAGGAGGCAAUGACAGGGCACAGUGUAUUUUGUGUACUUUUCCCCUGUUAGCCAUAUCUUUACUCCAGAUCACUCGGUGUGUUUUCCCUCCCUGCGGGGUUUCAAAUGUAUCUCUGUAAAUGGGUAUAAAAUAUAGUUACAUAUUCAGGAACUAAGACUUAUCCCUUUCAACUGUGUGUUUGAAAUCCAUAGUGAUUUUGGAGUGAGGAACUAACAGUAUGAUGUGUUGCACUGAAUGCAGGUUUUUCUUGUUCUAAAAGGACCGUGUUUUCAUAUAAUACGUGCCAUGGACCCCCUUUAGGCCCAAACAGAUAUGCUGUUAUUGAAUAUUUACACAUAUUAAUUUAAAAGGGGGGUGGGAGGGUGAGGAAAUAAGUAGAGGCCCUGAUCCAGGUGAGGAUUAUUGCCCUAUGCUCCCACUGCAGUCCAUUUAGACCCCCCUCCCCAGUUUUUUGAAGUGGAAGUGCAGCUUUCAUUUUAUGGAGGAUUUGCAUCAGUAGAAGCAAGGAGUUAAACCCUGCUUUUCUCAGUCACAGUGGCUCAUGCUCCACUUCAGUGGCUGCUAAUUGAAAACUCAUACAAUUAGUAAUUGUCAUAUUUAAAUACUAAGCAAAUAGGAUGUAUGUGUUAACAAUCAGAAAUUAGGUUUUUUUUAUAUGUAUGCCUCAACCAGCAAAUGCCAUGCCAUUUUUUGUCAUGUCUCCUAAAUAAAAUAGAUCUUAGGCAAUUCACCAGGGAGAGGAGAAUCUUAUUACAAUUGUUUUUAAAGAGAUUUAUUGUUGGUGGUAUAUAUGAUGAAAUGUGUACGGUUAUUAAAUACUGCUGUUUCAAAAUAAUUGAAAUCUUCUCAGUCAGAAGGACUUGUUACAGUUUUAAUAUUGUUUCACUGUGGUUACAUGAAUACAUUUUAACUUUGCCUGUAAAUUAUCAGGAUUUGUGUUCUUAAAGGCAGAAUGUAAAUCAUAAACAUUAAGUGAAACAUUUUGCAGAAAAUACCUUAAGCCUUACUUCUAGAUUUGAAUACAAGCCCUUCUAUGUGAAAUAGUAAGAUGUAUCCUACAAAAAGGAAUAUAUUGAGAGAUGACUUACUGUUUGUAUGUUAAGCUUGCUAGUACUGAAAUCCAUUGGUAGUUUUUCAGUUCUGCAUUGAGUGUUGUAUUUAUUAAGUUUCCAUAUACAAACAUUCUCCAAAUGUUGUGCCAAAGAAAUUCAACUUCUACAUCUACAAAUUCCAGCUAUAUUCUGGAAAGCUUAUGCCACAAUAAAUAUUUUAUUCUUUAAUAUACCUAUUCUUUACUUACAUUUCAUGGUGUACUAUCUUCCAAGGUUCAUGAUCUAUGUAUUUACAAAAUUUGGAUAAAUCCAGGCUGAGUUUUAGAGUGCUGCAAAUGGGACUCUGUUCAGUAGUAGAGCUUUGAUGCAGUGUGUGGGAGCAAAUUAAAUUAGACAGUAGGCUAAAAUAGGAUGGUGUUCAUACAGUGUGCAUGGUCUUGGUGAAAUGAAUUACUGUAGUUCGAUGAUAUCCUAUAAAGGGAAGCAACUAGAAACCAUUGUACAUUUGCUACCUCAACUCAGUUUCAGGAAUUAUUUUUCAGAGAAAGGGGGACCUCUGAUGUUCAGAAGAAGCAGGUCAAGUCAACUCCUGUUGUCAAUAUUAUCUGAGUGAGGGAGGUUACAAUUUGUAAUUCAAAUAGCUUAGUUUC